UCAUUUGCAUUUUUCAGUGCCAACAAACAAAAUAAUCGAAUACCCAGUUCAACGCACAUGUUAAAUUCGGGAAUUUAUGAUUAUAUCACUCUCAUGCUCUUCUAAUCUUUGAGGGGUUUUUGAAGUUUCUGGGAUUUUUUUCGAAUUCUGGGUUUUGUGAAUUUUGUUGAAUUGAAUGAUGGGAAGCAAGAAUUGGGUAGUAUUAGUUCUGUUUGUCCUUUUAGAUUUUGAAGGUUAUUUCACUGAAACUGUGGUUUCGGCCACCGUGACAUAUGACCACAGAGCACUGGUUAUUGAUGGGAAGCGGCGGAUUUUGCAGUCGGGCUCUUUUCAUUACCCUCGAACCACUCCGGAGGUGUGGCCGGAAGUUAUUGAGAAAGCAAAGGAAGGGGGAAUAGACGUGAUUGAGACUUACGUUUUUUGGAACUACCAUGAGCCAGUAAAAGGCCAGUACUACUUUGAAGGCAGAUUUGAUUUGGUGAAAUUUGUGAAGACAGUCCAAGAAGCAGGUCUUCUAGUUCAUUUGAGGAUUGGCCCGUAUGCUUGUGCUGAAUGGAACUACGGGGGAUUUCCAAUUUGGUUACACUUUAUUCCCGGAAUUCAGUUUCGCACAACAAAUGCACCUUUUAAGAAGGAAAUGAAGAUAUUUCUUGCAAAAAUUGUUGAAAUGAUGAAAAUGGAGAAUCUCUUCGCAUCACAAGGAGGCCCAAUCAUUCUUGCUCAGGUUGAAAAUGAAUUUGGAAAUGUUGAAGGGUCGUAUGGAGUUGGCGGAGAAUUAUAUGUCAAAUGGGCUGCAGAAACUGCUGUUAGUCUCAAUACAUCUGUACCUUGGGUGAUGUGUGUGCAAGAUGACGCCCCGGAUCCAGUUAUAAACACAUGCAAUGGAUUUUAUUGCGAUGAGUUUACCCCAAAUUCCCCAUCCAAACCGAAGAUGUGGACAGAGAAUUACAGUGGAUGGUUCCUUGGAUUUGGCAAUCCAAUCCCCUUUCGACCUGUUGAGGACCUUGCUUUUGCUGUUGCACGAUUUUUCGAAACAGGUGGCACGUUUCAAAACUAUUACAUGUAUUUUGGCGGUACCAACUUUGGGCGAACUGCUGGAGGCCCUUUGGUUGCAACGAGCUAUGAUUAUGAUGCUCCUAUAGAUGAAUAUGGUUUUCGUAGACAGCCAAAAUGGGGACACCUGCGAGACUUGCACCUGGCCAUAAAACAGUGUGAAGAAUAUAUGAUCAGCUCUGAUCCGACACAAAUGAAACUUGGUACUAAUUUAGAGGCACAUAUCUACCAUAAAACAUCCAAUGAGUGUGCGGCAUUUCUUGCUAAUUAUGACAGUAGUUCAGAUGCAAAUGUCACUUUUAAUGGAAAUAUCUAUUUCCUUCCAGCUUGGUCUGUAAGCAUCCUUCCGGAUUGUAAGAAUGUUAUAUUUAACACCGCUAAGGUUGUCUCACAAAGGAAUAUUGGACUUUCUCCUUUCGCCCUCACACCCGGUGUACAUGAUUUUAUACUGGAACCAGCUUCAUGGAGUUGGUAUGAAGAGAGAGUUGGUACUUGGAGUAACAAUUCGUUUACUGACUCGGGCUUACUGGAGCAGAUAAGUACUACGAAAGAUGUUAGUGAUUAUUUAUGGUAUACAAUAAGCAUUAAUGUGGACGCAAACAUAAUACCCCGUCAAGAAAAAGAACUUUUUUUACACAUCGAGAGUCUGGGACAUGCAGCCCUAGUUUUCGUAAAUAAAAGACUUGUGGGAUUUGGAUAUGGUAACCAUGAAGAUGCAAGUUUCAUUGUUGACGAGAAGAUUACUCUAAACCAUGGAAACAAUACCAUAGAUUUGUUGAGUAUGAUGAUUGGUGUACAGAAUUACGGGCCAUGGUUCGAUGUUGCAGGAGCAGGAAUCUUUUCUGUUGUUCUUAGAGACUUGAAGAACAGAACAAAUGAUCUUUCUUUUGAAGAAUGGACCUACCAGGUGGGACUUGAGGGGGAAUACCUUGGAUUGGAUAACAUAAGCCUUGCGAACAGUUCACUGUGGACUACAGGGUCUGCUCCACCACUUAAUCAGAGUUUGAUAUGGUACAAGGUUUCAUUCCUUGCUCCUGAAGGCAAGGGUCCUUUGGCGUUAAAUCUUGCUAGCAUGGGAAAGGGACAAGCUUGGGUUAAUGGGCAGAGUGUAGGGAGAUAUUGGCAAGCCUACCUCUCGCCCUCAACUGGUUGCGUAAACGGCAGUGAUUGUGACUACAGAGGAGCCUAUAACGCAUCUAAAUGUCUAAGGAACUGUGGUCAACCGGCUCAAACUCUGUAUCAUAUUCCCCGUACAUGGGUACAUACCGGAGAUAACCUUCUAGUUCUCCACGAAGAGCUUGGUGGUGACCCUUCAAAGAUUUCUUUGAGGACAAAAACCGGCCAAGAAAUAUGCGCACAUGUAUCUGAGACUGAUCCUCCGCCUGCCAGUUCUUGGAAACCAGACUCGGAAUUCAUGUCUCAAAACCCUGAAGUUCAACUGACCUGCGAACCAGGAUGGCGUAUCACUUCAAUCAACUUUGCUAGCUUUGGAACUCCUAUUGGAAAUUGUGGCACAUUCGCUUCAGGAGCUUGCAGUGCUGACAUCUUAUCAAUCGUUCAGCAGGCUUGCCUUGGCCAAGAAGGAUGUUCAAUCCCUAUCUCCGCGGCAACCUUGGGUGAUCCUUGCCCCGGAGUGCUUAAGAGUUUAGCUGUCGAAGCUAUUUGCAGUGAAUGAAAGUUCCACUUAAUUCGUACCCUAAAUGGCGAUUGAAGACGACACUAUUAUAGAUUAAUAAGAUGGAUCAGUUUUGCAUGAAUGUCGAGAAGGGCAUUCAGCGUUAUUAUAGACCCGACAUCACGAUGUCUGGACCAUUUUGUUCACUUGAUUACUUAAUUACAAUAACAAUUAUAUAAUCACACAGGCAGCAGUAUCUUUCCGAUAUGCGGAUUGCUUUCCAAGA